AUGUCUAAGGGACAAGUAGUAGUUCAUUACAACUACCUGAGCGUGAUGCGCGUCGAUCCGGCCUAUCUACCUUGGUUAAAAAUACCUGAAUGGUACAAUGUCUACACUAGCAACCAAUUCAGUCACGCCUCCCAUGUAGGACACAACAAGCCUACUAUAAUAACAGUGGAUAUGGAAUCUCAAAGAGAGAUGGGCGUCUUGAUAAACGAUUCCUGGCCCCAUAAACCGAUGGGAGUGGGAACCUUGGCCCAGUAUUGUACCUUUCCCAAUGCCAAAGCCAUGACGGCAUACAUCGAUAUCAUCGUUCCAGAUAUCGUCCAUGAGGCUGCUCUUCUCGCUUCCAAUCCGCCAUCUAAGGCUACCAAUACUAGCGCGGCCGAUAUAGAGUUCCACGAAUUUAUCGAAACCAACAACUUCUACGCCAUCGAUCCACACUCUAACGAAGACACAGACUUCAGUAAAGAAUUCUUCAGACCGUCACCAAUUAAAGUACUUCAGGCGUACUGUUGGAACAAAGAAGUCCGUGAUUUCGUCGACCGAAUUAUCGAGCUUUGUCCCCAGCCAACCUUCCUACCUGUUCGGAAUGAUCAUGUAUCAGAGGCGGUGGAUCGCUGGUGGGCUCCGAAAGACCUACAUCCCCAGGCAUUUGUGCUUGCUGCAGCCGCCCAGAUCUUGCUAUUCGCUCCCCAAGAUUGGGACCCGAACCGUGUCUACUCGCGCGACAAGGAUGAGUACGUACAUCGAUUUCCGACUCCUGAUAACAUCGGCAUCGUUGGUGGCACAGACAAAGUAGUUAGUAACAAGUACUCGAUGGAAGAUCUCCACCGUGCCAUUUUGAUGUUCUACCGCCUGGUCGAGCGUCGAAAGGAAUAUGAUUGGGCUGACAAGAAGCUGUCAACGAGAAUUCCCAAAAUCGAGUUCCCAGGAUACCAUGAUCCCAAUAAACCCGAAAAUUGA